CCGAUAAGAGUCGAACAGGUUGGGUGCACCUCAGGGCUAACGGGCGGUAGAGGUAAGUGUACGAAACCCACAACACCACUCCAUCGGCAAAAUAGCACAAUCAAGCACCGCAAUGGCAUCGCCGUCGACAUCGCGGACAGCCCCGCCUUGUGGAAUCGCAGCCACAAUUGAUCUCAUCGGGGAAGACCUUCUUCAAAACAUAGUCGCUAGGCUUCCGGCCUUCUCUUUCGCCUCCGCUGCCUGCGUUAGCCGCUCCUGGAACCUCGUUUGCGAUCGCGUCCUUUGUCGCCCCAAGCUCUCCUCUUCCUGUUCUUUUAGUUCUUCUCUCGAGGUUGCUGUAGAAGACGUGUUGAAUAAAGUACUAUCAGAGCCGAUUCGUCCUCAUUUUGCCAUUGCUUCUGUUGGUCCUUUGUUCGAUUUGCACCAGGCUCACCAACUCAUUACUGCAAAACUAGGCUCCAAAGUUCCAGUGAUUACUAAUGUUCCAUCUGGAAUCAUUGGAAGGGAUGUGUUUUCUGACGAAUUCAAAGAGAUUCAGUGGGAACUUACGGAAGAGGAUGAUGAUCCAGGCGUUCCUCUACUUCUAUCUGAGAGUGCAAAUAGAGCAAUCAUGCUGAUUGUUGGAUUUCUACCAGGGCUAAAAGUCGAAGCAAUUCCACUUCUAAAGGAAAUUGAGGAACCACUAGCUGUCAUGAUAGACAAAUUUGUGAUAGACAUUAGGGAGUACUCAACUUCUAUUUCAGGAUGUAGAUCCCCUGCUGCCAUAAUAAUGUUCAGUGACUUUGAAGCAGGCAUGAAAUCUGUUAUGGAAAAGAUGGAUUUUGCCAUGUCACCAGAUACUGUCAUAGUUGGUGAUUGUGGUUGCCAGUUUCUACAUAGCAAUGGAAGUUCAAGGGACACAAGCGCCACAGAAGGACACAUGUCUACAGCUGUUGCCUUGGUAUUUGCAGUUGACAAGAACAAACGUCAUGGCACUGUAGAAACCCAUUUCAAUGCUGUAUUAUCAAGCGGUUUGUCACCUGUGGGCCCCACAUACAAGGCGGCAUCUGUUAGAGAGAAACACCGUGAUUCAAUGACCUGGCUCACUGCAAGAAGAGAAGGGUUGCGUGAAAAUAUCGAUGGUGAAACUAUUUUGAAUCAAGUUUAUGAUGAACUAGGAGAUCGAAUUCAGUUUCCUACUUUCUACAUUGGGGUAACAAAACGAAGAAAAUGCUCAAUUGGGCAGGAUAAAGUGGGAUGGGUAACUUCACUCGCAUUCCAUGAAGUUCUAGGGGACAACCAGGAGUAUCUCUUUGUAGGUGACGUUGGCAUAAAAACAGGGGAUUUAUUUCGCUUUUACCACUCAGAUUCCAACACCGCGUUAUCUACAAACACCGAUGUCUCCAACAAUUUAAAAUGUUUUAAACAAGGAAGCACCAGUAGAGGGCAUAAAAAGGAAGUGUAUGGUGGUCUUGUUUUCACAUGCUGUGGUCGGGGUGAGUCAUUUUUUGGGAAACCGAAUAUUGACAGCUCACCAUUUUUAAACAACUUCCCUGAUGCGACACUUGCGGGGACAUUUUGUGGUGGGGAAAUUGGACGUGGUGAUUUGGGUGCGUAUGUUAAAGAAUCUCAACAACAGAAAUCAGUACGUUGUUGCUUACAUGUAUAUAGCGCUGUCUAUCUGCUCAUGUCUUAUACCCCUUCAAAGGGGAUUUAAAGAUGUUUUCUUUGUUCUGGAGAAAAAUGGUAAUAACGUUUUUUUGCUUAUAGUGUUUGUUGGAUGCUUAUUUUGGGUGGCGACUUGUUAUGUUUGUGCAUAUAUUUCUAUUAAGUCUUUUACUUUUUAUAAAA